GACAGAGUGACCAACUGUUAAUGAGCGUCGUGUUGUGCCAUAAUUGCAUUGUUGUUGUGUCCUUUCUACAGAUAUGGUUGCGAUAAAUAUGAAUUUAGUCGGUUUGCUGUUUGCUUUUCUGGUGUUCUUCCAGGUGGCUUCAUCGGAAGACUUAGCGUUUUGGAAAGAAAAAGCAGCACGUGACAUUCGAAGAGCUCAGCGACUGAAAAUUAAGAAUAAAGUAGCUAAAAAUGUUGUGUUGUUUUUGGGAGAUGGUAACAGUAUCAGUACUAUUACAGCCACUAGAAUCUACAAAGGACAACUACAGCAGGGAGCAAGUGGAGAAGAGUAUGAACUAUUUUAUGAGAGGUUUCCCAAUGUAGGAUUGGCAAAGACAUACUGCGCAGAUCGUCAAGUUCCUGAUUCAGCAGCGUCUGGCACCGCAUAUCUAUGCGGGGUGAAAACAAACUAUAACACCAUAGGUAUGGACGAUAGAGUUGAGUUUGGUAACUGUACGCAAGAUAAUCCAAACGAAUACGCAGUGGAUUCCAUACUCAAAAUAGCACAGGAUGCAGGUAAAGCUACAGGUAUUGUGACUACAACCAGGAUAACCCACGCCACGCCGGCUUGCACGUAUGCUCAUGCCGCUAGUCGGUACUGGGAAGGUGACGAUAACAUGCCAAAGGAAGAAAGAGACAAAGGUUGUAAAGAUAUCGCAUGGCAAUUGGUUAACGAACUGCCUGGUAGAAACAUGCGGGUAAGAAU